UUCUGUGGGGACUCGCCUUUACGCUGGGACGGACUCGUGGACGGCUCACUUCGGGGUACUCUGUUCGAGUGAUUUUGGACUCGACACAUGUGACAGUGGUUAAUUAUUAUUAAAAAAUGGCUUUACACGUACCGAAAGCACCCGGCAUGGCCUCGAUGAUGAAGGAGGGAUCGCGGUACUUCUCUGGUCUUGAGGAAGCAGUAUACAGGAAUAUUGCAGCAUGCAAACAGUUCGCUCAGACCGUGCGCACUGCGUAUGGACCCAAUGGCAUGAACAAAAUGGUGAUUAAUCACAUCGAGAAACUGUUCGUCACCAGCGAUGCUGGGACCAUCAUCAGGGAGCUGGAUGUCGAGCAUCCGGCUGCCAAGCUGAUGGUCAUGGCGUCGCAGAUGCAGGAGGCUGAGGUCGGCGAUGGCACGAAUUUUGUCAUCAUGUUCUGUGGGGCCCUGCUGGAGGCUGCUGAUGAACUUCUCCGUCUUGGUAUUACGACAUCAGAAGUGGUGAUUGGUUACGAAGUAGCUCUAGAAAAAGCUGUUGAGAUCCUCUCAACCCUCGUAAUCCACGAGAUCAAAGACGUGAAGAACGUGGAAGAGGUGAAAGCAGUGAUGAAGUCCUCGAUAAUGAGCAAGCAGUACGGAAACGAGGAGCUGUUGUCAUCCCUGGUCAGUCAAGCCUGCAUCUCCAUCCUCCCUGAGAACACCACCUUCAACGUUGACAACGUACGAGUCUGCAAGAUCCUGGGGUCUGGGAUUCACGCGUCCCAGGUGAUUCAGGGGAUGGUCUUCAAGCGCGAUGUCGAGGGAGACGUGACGAAGCAGGAGAAGGCUAAGAUUGCUGUCUACACGUGCCCCAUCGAUACCUCCACCACUGAGACCAAGGGAACUGUCCUCAUCAAGAGCGCCAAGGAGCUUCUCGACUUCUCCAGGGGCGAGGAGUCACUCUUGGAGGGACAGAUCAAGGCUAUUGCCGAUUCGGGAGCUAAAGUCGUUGUUUCUGGGGCCAAAUUCGGAGACAUGGCACUGCAUUUCGUUAACAAAUACAAUCUCAUGGCUGUCCGCAUUCCAAGCAAAUUCGAUGUCAGGAGGUUGUGCAAAGCUGUUGGAGCUGUUGCACUCACGAAAUUGAUUCCGCCAACUCAAGAAGAACUAGGUUACGCCGACUCAGUCCACACUGACGAGCUUGGAGAUACUGCUGUCGUAGUAUUCAGGCUCGAUGGAAAAGACAGCAAGAUCAGCACAAUCGUCGUUCGUGGCUCAACAGAGAACUACAUGGACGACAUUGAGCGUUGCAUUGACGACGGUGUCAACACAUUCAAGGCCGUCACCAGGGACGGGAGAUUCGUGGCAGGAGCAGGAGCUACCGAGAUUGAAUUGGCCGCACAAAUCGCUGCCUACGCCGACACCCGUCCUGGGUUGGAACAGUACGCAGUGAGGAAAUUCGCAACUGCCUUAGAGGUCUUCCCUAAGACUCUUGCUGACAACACUGGGAACAGGGCUUCUGAGCUGGUUUCUAAACUUUAUGCUGCUCAUAAGGAAGGAAAUAAGACUUUUGGGUUUGAUAUUGAGGGCGCUGGAGCUGCAGUACACGAUGCAGCAAAAGCUGGAAUUUUGGAUGCAUUCUUAGUAAAGCAGUGGGGCUUGAAAUACGCAGUCAAUGCUGCCUGCACCAUCCUGAAGGUCGAUCAAAUAAUAAUGGCGAAACGUGCAGGUGGACCGAAACCACCAGCAGGCCACCACAACAGCGACGACGAGUCGUAAAGUCACAGUCACUCAACGAAUUGCCCUCCCUAAUUUUUUACACCGUUGUACUCGCGAAGAUUAAUUCACACGCUUUGUUUGAUAAUAAAUUCAUACAUACUGGAGAGGUAUUCUUCAUCAUGUACCUCAUUUGGUAACAUUUUCAUCAUGGUUUCAUUAAAUUACAAGUUUGUUAUUCAGAAACGUGAGGAUUUAUCGAUCUCUAUUGUCACAAGAGUUGAUGCGUAAGUCAGAGAAUUGCAAAGUUGAAUAAAGUUGGUAAUUUCACAAGA